AUGUGGAUACUGAGUUGGAAUUGUCGAGGCUUGGGACGGUCUCAGGACUCGACAAUUCCUCGUCUCAAGGAGAUACGUAAAAUAUAUUUCCCUGAGAUUGUGUUUUUGAUGGAAACUAAGCAACAGAAAGACAUGGUGGUUGAUUUGAAAGUGGUUUUGGGAUAUGAUAGAGUGAUGGUAGUGGAUCCUAUUGGUCUAUCGGGAGGUUUGGCUUUGAUGUGGAAACGAGAUGUGGUCGUAGAGGUGAAUUUUGCUGACAAGAAUAUCUUGGAUUGUCGGAUAAGUUACAGAGGUCAGAUUCUAUUUGUAACCUUUGUGUAUGGGGAGCCGAGUCAGCAAGGGAAAGGGAAAGUGUGGGAGAGAAUAAUGAGGUUGGGAGCAGGAAGGAAGGUGUGUUGGGGUUUGGUUGGUGAUUUCAACGAAAUUUUACAUAAUGGUGAGAAGAUUGGAGGUCCGAAAAGGGGCCCUGCAUCAUUUAUGGAUUUUGCUGCAAUGUUAGAGGUUUGCGAGAUGAAGGAACUUUCAGGUUUUGGUGAUAGUUUUACGUGGGCGGGAGUGAGAUACAAGAAGUAUAUUCAGUGUAAACUGGAUAGAUGCUUUGGGAAUAAGAAAUGGAGAAAUGCUUAUCCCAAGGCUACGCAGACUUUCAUGGAAAGGCUUGGCUCUGAUCACAGACCAGUGAUGGUCAAUCUCUUCUGUGAGAAGGACAGGAAGAGGGUUGCUUUUCGUUUUGAUAAACGCCUGGUUGGUAAAAAUAGGGUUGAGGAAACCAUAGGGGAAGCAUGGAAGAGGGCCAGGGGGAAUAACAAUUUAUCAAUUGUGGAAAGUCUGGGGGCUGUGCGGAAGUCUUUGGGAAAUUGGAAAAGGGAGAACAAUCACAACUCGAAUGAGCGAAUGCAGAAGCUCAGACAUGAACUGGAACUGGAAUCUUCUUCUACAUCGCCUUGUUGGGAGAGAGUGAAUGAAUUAAAAAUGGAGAUUGGAAAAGCUUUCAAAGAGGAGGAAGAAUUCUGGGCGCAGAAGAGUAAAGACAAGUGGUUUGUGGUGGGAGAUAAUAAUACAAGUUUCUUUCAUGCUUCUGUAAAGGCAAGUAGACAGAACAACCAGCUCUCUAAACUUGUUGAUGACGAAGGAAGAGAGAAUCUCUCAAUACCUCAAAUGGGAAAGACGGCUACAGACUAUUUUGAUAAGCUGUUUAAAUCAAAACCUUCGAAUGAGGUGAUGGGUUUUUUCACUGGUCUGCCGAUUAGGGUCUCAGAGAAUAUGAAUCAAAACCUGAUAAAGGAGGUCAGUGACGCGGAAGUUCGAGCGGCUGUUUUCUCUAUUAAGAAGUCGAGUGCUCCUGGAAGUGAUGGUAUGAACGGUUUGUUUUUCCAGGAAUAUUGGAGUAUUAUUGGUGUGGAGAUUGUGAAGGAGAUUAAGGCUUUCUUUAUUACUGGAGUUUUUCCAUUGGAGUGGAACCUUACGCAGAUUUGUCUAAUUCCAAAAAUCACAAAUCCCACGACAAUGGUUGAUCUGAGACCCAUUAGUUUGUGUUCCGUGUUAUACAAGAUAGUGGCUAAGAUUCUGGUGGCCAGGCUCAAACCGAUGCUGGAGCACAUUGUGUCACCCACACAAUCUGCAUUUAUACCUGAGAGAUUGAUUUCGGAUAAUAUUAUCAUAGCUCACGAGAUGGUACAUGGGUUGAGAACUCAUGAAAGGAUUGCCAAAGAGUUUAUGGCGAUCAAAACUGAUAUGUCGAAGGCAUAUGAUCGCAUUGAAUGGAAUUAUCUUGAAGGUUUAAUGACGGCGCUUGGUUUCCAUGCUAAGUUCCGAGAAUGGAUCAUGUAUUGUGUCCGAUCUGUCUCCUAUACUGUUCUUAUAAAUGGCGAGGAACAGGGAAAGGUGGUACCAAGUAGAGGUCUGCGACAAGGAGAUCCCCUGUCCCCUUUCCUAUUUGAUCUUUGUACAGAAGGGCUAUCCCACCAGUUGAAUGAGGCGGAAAGAAGAGGUGAGAUCACUGGAAUUCAGUUCUCAGAGGAUGGGCCGUCGAUUCAUCACUUAUUCUUCGCUGAUGACUCACUUUUGUUGUUAAAAGCAAAUGAAGUAGAGUGUAAUGUGGUCUGCAAGAUACUAAAGGAGUAUGAAGAGGUAUCUGGCCAGAUGAUCAGCUUCUCGAAAUCGGCCAUUACUUUUGGUAAGAAGGUUGAGGAAAAUACAAAAGUGAAGAUUAGAGAGAUCACUGGUAUUACAAAUGAAGGAGGAAUGGGGAAAUAUUUGGGUUUGCCAGAAUGUUUCAGUGGCUCCAAGGUUGACAUGCUUCAGUAUAUUCAUGAAAAAAUGACAUCGCGGUUCCACGGCUGGUAUGCUUUUUUCUUAUCAACGGGUGGAAAGGAGGUUCUACUCAAGUCAGUCACAAUGGCCAUGCCGGUUUUUGCUAUGUCAGUUUUUAAACUCCCGAAGACGACAUGUAAAAAUCUUACUAGUGCAAUGGCAAAUUUCUGGUGGAAUGCACAAGAUGGAAUAAAUAAGAUGCAUUGGGUCUCUUGGGAGAGGAUGUGUCUGGAUAAACAGGAUGGUGGCAUGGGUUUUAAGGAUUUAGAAAAAUUCAACCAGGCUCUGUUGGCAAAACAGGGGUGGCGGUUGCUUAUGGAGCCGGAAUCUUUGUGUGCAAGGGUGUUAAGAAGUAGAUAUUAUCCGGCUGGUGGCUUCUUGGAGGCAAGACUCGGACCUAGGCCUUCUUACGCGUGGAGAAGUAUAUUAUUUGGACGUGAGUUGCUGGUAAAAGGACUGCGUCGGAAUAUUGGAUCGGGGGAGAGUAUCAAUGUAUGGAUGGACAAAUGGCUCUUUGUUACGGAACCAAUGGCUCCAAUGAGGAAACAGAUUCUAUUUAAUCUUGAUCUUAGGGUUUGUGAUCUUAUUAAUCCACAGACAAGAGGAUGGGAUCGAGGGAAGCUGGAGGAAGUUUUUUUCUCGAGUGAUAUCGAGUUAGUUCUCAAAAUGAAGCCUGCUGUUGGUAAGGAGGAUUCUUAUGAGUGGGUCCAUAACAGAUGGGGAGCUUACUCUGUGAAAUCGGGGUACUGGUUGGCAUGUUCUCUGGACCAGUCAGAAGUGAGAGUGGCGGCUAGGAGUAAACCAUCAAUAAAUGAUCUGCGUAGCCAAGUGUGGAAGGUAGACACGGCGCCAAAAAUCAAAAUCUUUAUGUGGAGGGAUCUUUCAAAUGCUUUAGCCGCUUCAGAGGAGUGUAUUGCUCGUGGGAUGAAGGUGGACUCUAGAUGUCAAAGAUGUGGGGAAGAAGGAGAAACUAUUAAUCACGUCUUAUUCACAUGUCCUGCGGCUCGACUGGUAUGGGCGACGUCGGGGUUCCCCUUUCCGCAACGAGGUUUUGAACAUAGAUCUUUAUAUGAAAAUUUUAGCCAUCUGCUGAAUAUUGGAAAAGAUUCUAGAGUGCCAAAGGAUGUUAGUUGUUCUUUCCCGUGGAUUCUAUGGAUGUUGUGGAAGAACAAGAAUGCUUUUAUCUUUGAAGGAGAAGACUAUGAGGCAGAGGAUACGGUCAUGAAAUGUCGUGAGGAGUCCAGGCGAUGGACAAUGGUUACUGCAGAAGCAAAAGCGGAAACGGGGAGUAGGAAUCAGAGCCAAAUGAAUGGUAAAGGAUGGACAGUACCAGAGAGUGGAAGAGUGAAGUGCAAUAUUGGAAUCUCAUGGUCUAAAGCGACGUGUAUGGCUGAUUUGGGCUGGAUUGUAAGGAAUAGUGAAGGUCAAACUCUGCUUCAUAGCAGAAGAGCUUUUAAUGGUGUGUCGUCGCUUUUGGAGGCUAGACGUUUGGGUUUAAUCUGGUCAGCUGAGAGUAUGAUUUCUCAUAGAUUCCAGAAAGUGAGUUUUGAGCUGGAGGAUCAUGAACUGGUGGGCUCUGUGAAUAGACCUAAGGCAUGGCCAGCGUUCCGGGGGUACGGUGAGGAGUUAAGGGGUGUUCUGAAUAAUGUUACAGAUUGGAUGGUAAGUUCAGUAAAGAGAGAGGCAAACAAAGCUGCCUUUAUGAUUGCUCGGAGUGUGACAAAGGAAAUGAGAUACCAAUCAUAUGUAGCUCAAGGUAGCCCUUCUUGGUUGAGGAGCUUGCUUGCGGAGGAAGGUACAAGGUCAACAAGAGUAUAA